CCCUGCAGUCGGCCACCCUGUGCCCGCCGAGAGCCCCAGCGCCAGCCAGGGGCGCCCCGUCCCACCCCGCGAGCGGCGCCCCGUCCCACCCCGCGAGCGGCGCGGCUCUGAGCUCCGAAAGCGGAAGCGGGGGGCGCGGCCCGGGGCUGGGGCGGGGCCUGCGACCUCACCUUCGCGCCCACUCCGCGGAGCCGCAGGCCGAGGCCGGGAAGGGUCGGGGGCGAGGUCGCGCCGCCGCCUCCCCGAAGCGUUUUCCUGUCGGGGGGAGGGCCCGUCACGUGGGCCUGACAGCUGGGGAGGGGGUGGCCGGUGACAAUGCGGUCCCCAGGCGGCCAGCGCCGGGAGCUGCGGCGCUGAGACCCCCGGCCCGUCCCACCCAGCCGGGCCCCUCGGGCUCCCGGCCCGGGCCCCGUCAUGUUCUCCAGGAAGAAACGGGAGCUCAUGAAAACCCCUUCUAUCUCCAAAAAGAACCGCGCGGGAAGCCCCAGCCCGCAGCCCUCAGGGCCCCACUUCAUUCCUGGGGAAACUGAGGCAGUGUCCAGGCUGGAUAAUCCCUUUAACGAGCUCCCCUCGGACCUGCCCAAGGAGCUGCCCAGGAAGGAUGGGGCUGAUGCUGCGAUCCCUGGACCGAGCCUGGAGCCGCCUGCCGGGUCCUCUGGCGUCAAGGCCACGGGCACCCUCAAGCGGCCCACCAGCCUGAGCCGCCAUGCCAGCGCAGCUGGCUUCCCGCUGUCUGGUGCCGCCUCCUGGACACUGGGCCGGAGCCACCGGAGCCCACUGACAGCUCCCAGCCCGGGCGAGCUGCCCUCUGAGGGCAUCGGCCCUGAUGCCGUAGAGGACAUCUCCCACCUGCUGGCGGAUGUGGCCCGCUUCGCCGAGGGCCUUGAGAAACUCAAGGAGUGUGUGUUGCGUGACGACCUCCUUGAGGCUCGCCGCCCACUGGCCCACGAGUGCCUGGGUGAGGCCCUGCGUGUCAUGCGUCAGGUCAUCUCCAAGUACCCACUGCUGAACACCGUGGAGACGCUCACAGCAGCCGGCACCCUCAUUGCCAAAGUCAAAGCCUUCCAUUACGAGUGUAACAAUGAUCUGGAGAAACAGGAGUUUGAGAAGGCCCUGGAGACGAUUGCGGUGGCCUUCAGCAGCACAGUGUCCGAGUUCCUCAUGGGUGAAGUGGACAGCAGCACCCUCCUCGCAGUGCCUCCCGGGGACUCGAGCCAGUCCAUGGAAAGCCUGUAUGGACCGGGGAGUGAGGGCACCCCUCCCGGCCUUGAGGAAUGCGACGCUGGCUGCCUGCCCGCCGAGGAAGUGGAUGUGCUGCUGCAGCGCUGUGAGGGGGGCGUGGACGCCGCACUGCUGUAUGCUAAGAACAUGGCGAAGUACAUGAAGGACCUCAUCAGCUACCUGGAGAAGCGGACCACGCUGGAGAUGGAGUUUGCCAAGGGCCUGCAGAAGAUCGUUCACAACUGCAGACAGAGCGUCAUGCAGGAGCCGCACAUGCCGCUGCUGUCCAUCUACUCGCUGGCCCUGGAGCAAGACCUGGAGUUCGGCCACGGCAUGGUGCAGGCCGUGGGCACCUUGCAGACCCAGACCUUCAUGCAGCCCCUGACCCUGCGGCGGCUUGAACAUGAGAAGCGCAGGAAGGAGAUCAAGGAGGCCUGGCACCGCGCCCAGAGGAAGCUGCAAGAGGCGGAGGCUAACCUGCGCAAGGCAAAGCAGGGCUACGUGCAGCGCUGUGAGGACCACGACAAGGCCCGCUUCCUCAUGGCCAAGGCGGAGGAGGAGCAGGCUGGCACUGCACCUGGGGCGGGCAGCACGGCCACCAAGACCCUGGACAAGCGGCGGCGGCUGGAGGAGGAGGCCAAGAACAAGGCGGAGGAAGCCAUGGCCACCUACCGCACCUGCGUGGCCGACGCGAAGACGCAGAAGCAGGAGCUGGAGGACACCAAGGUGACCGCGCUGCGGCAGAUCCAGGAGGUCAUCCGACAGAGCGACCAGACCAUCAAGUCGGCCACCAUCUCCUACUAUCAGAUGAUGCACAUGCAGACGGCGCCGCUGCCCGUGCACUUCCAGAUGCUGUGCGAGAGCAGCAAGCUGUACGACCCGGGCCAGCAGUAUGCCUCCCACGUCCGCCAGCUGCAGCGGGACCAGGAGCCCGACGUCCACUAUGACUUUGAGCCGCACGUCUCCGCCAACGCCUGGUCCCCCAUCAUGCGUGCCCGGAAGAGCAGCUUCAACGUGGGUGAUGUGGCGGGGGCCGAGGCUGCCGGCAGCCCCCCAGAUGAAGGUGGCUCCAUUGAGGGCACACCUGCCAAAGACCACAGGGCUGGCCGAGGACACCAGGUACACAAGUCCUGGCCACUUGCCAUCUCAGACUCGGACGCCGGGCUGGACCCCGGCCCUGGCACAGGGGACUUUAAGAAGUUCGAGCGGACAUCAUCCAGUGGCACCAUGUCGUCCACAGAGGAGCUGGUGGACUCGGAGCGGGGACCCGGGGCUUCGGCCUUCGAGCAGGCUGACCUCAAUGGCAUGACCCCCGAGCUGCCGGUGGCCGUGCCCAGUGGGCCGUUCCGCCAUGACGGGCUGUCCAAGGCAGCCCGAACCCACCGGCUCCGGAAGCUCCGCACGCCCGCCAAGUGCCGUGAGUGUAACAGCUACGUCUACUUCCAGGGUGCGGAGUGUGAGGAGUGCUGCCUGGCCUGCCACAAGAAAUGCCUGGAGACACUGGCCAUACAGUGCGGGCACAAGAAGCUGCAGGGCCGCCUGCAGCUGUUCGGACAGGAAUUCAGCCAGGCGGCCCGCAGUGCCCCCGACGGCGUGCCCUUCAUCAUCAAGAAGUGCGUCUGCGAGAUCGAACGGCGGGCGCUGCGCACCAAGGGCAUCUACCGGGUCAAUGGGGUAAAGACGCGCGUGGAGAAGCUGUGCCAGGCCUUCGAGAACGGCAAGGAGCUGGUGGAGCUGUCGCAGGCUUCACCCCACGACAUCAGCAACGUCCUCAAGCUCUACCUGCGCCAGCUGCCGGAGCCGCUCAUCUCUUUCCGCUUCUACCACGAGCUCGUGGGGCUGGCCAAGGACAGCCUGAAGGCGGAGGCCGAGGCCAAGGCGGCGACCCGGGGCCGGCAGGAUGGCUCGGAGAGCGACGCAGCGGUGGUGGCCAUGGCAGGUCGGUUGCGGGAGCUCCUGCGGGACCUGCCGCCCGAUAACCGGGCCUCGCUGCAGUACCUGCUGCGGCACCUACGCAGGAUCGUGGAGGUGGAGCAGGAGAACAAGAUGACCCCCGGGAACCUGGGCAUCGUGUUCGGGCCCACACUGCUUCGGCCACGGCCCACUGAGGCCACCGUGUCCCUCUCUUCCCUGGUGGACUACCCCCACCAGGCCCGUGUCAUCGAGACCCUCAUCGUGCACUAUGGCCUGGUCUUCGAGGAUGAGUCGGAGGAGACCCCUGAGUGCCAGGACGAGCCGUCCAAUCAGCGGGCUGAGGUGGUCGUCCAGGUGCAGUAUCUGGAGGCAGGCGAGGGGAUGGUCUACCCCCUCCCAGAGGCAGCGGAAGACGGGGCCGGAGAAUCCCGAGUUGUGUCCAACGACUCAGACUCGGACCUGGAGGAGGCCUCCGAGCUGCUGUCCUCAUCGGAGGCCAGUGCCCUGCGCCGCCUUAGCUUCCUGGAGCAGCACCAGCAGGAGGCCAGCCUGGAGGAGGCUUCUGGCAGCCACAGUGGUAGCGAAGAACAGCUGGAGGCCGUGGCCAGGGAGGAUGGGAAUGGGGACGACAGGGUCCCAGCUCUGCAGCUCUCGGGGUUCAACACCAACCAGUCCAACAACGCGCUGCAGGCCCCACUGCCUGCCAUGAGGCUCCGUGGUGGGCGGAUCGCACUGGGCUCCUGCAGGGAGAGGCGGCCAGAGUUCGUCUGAGCUGGGGUGGGGCCAGGACCACGGGUGGCGGCUGCUCCCACGUGCUCCUGUCCCUCCACCUCCAGUGUCCUGGCCCCGUGGCUUGGCUCAGCUACGCCAUCCUGGGGAUGCUGCCGAGUGCGUCUGGACUCGGAUGUCGUGCCAGCAGGCGCCUGCUUCCAGGGGCAUGCGGUCUUGGGGCUGUGUGUGGAGUGGGCCCUGCACGCCUUUGCACCCAGGCAGGCCUGGCUCAGCAGAGCUGGGGGAUCACUGCUGUCCUGUGAAGUCGCCGUGGCCUUGGUGGUGCCCACGGGGCUGUGUGGAUGAGGGACGGAGACCCUGCCCUCCUCACAGGUGUGUUGCAGGGACUGGGCAUCCAGAAGCCAUUCUGGGAGCCGCGGAUGGGGCGGAGGCUGGGGCUUAGAGAGGUGUCAAGGGUGUGUUACAGCAGGGUCUGAACACAGGCCCUGGACUCCCUUUUCCAGGAACCCAGGUCUGGCCACCUGGGGCUUAGGUACACGGGGGUCUCCGAGCGACUGGAGUUAACUCACGCACGUUUAUUUUGCUGGAAUAAAGUUUCUAAUCAGG